GCGAUAGAAACACAUGUUGUUCGGUGAAUGUACGAAGAGGUGCAGUUAACUUUUUACCUUCGUAUUUAAUAAUUCGAAAAUUACGUGAAAUUUUUUUUCGACUAUUCGAAUUUUUUACUCGAAUGUUUCAUCGUAAAUUAUUUUUCGUCUGUAGUUGAAUCGAAAUGGUGUUUGUAUCGAAUUACGAGUACUAUAAGCUGCGAUAGAAGAAUGUAAAAUUCAAAUUGGGACUACGAUGGUCUCCACCUUCUUGAAAAUGCAUCCGUGAUACGAAUAAAUGAUAAAAUCAGCGCAAUGUGAGUCAUCUAGUCCAUUGCUGUGUACCUAUUAGUGCUGUGCGUCUGUGUUAAGAAUAAAAAAUGAAAUUGGUUUCGCGUAUUCGCGGCGACAAAGCUCAGCGAACGUUCGCGGAAGACUCGCCUCGAUCAAAUUGCUCAUCGCCUAUGAUCGCUUCCGCAAUAGCGAAUGCAACCAGGGAUAGAUCGCGUUCCCUGUGUGUGGAACAACUUGGACUCGCUACGUUACUGCAUCCGGCAUUUGAACCGGCAACAAGGGAUUUGCAUAAUAUUCACGCUAUUCAACGAAGACGAGCUUCUUCCGCCAUUUCAACUGCAAACGACUUAAUAUCUAGAAGAGGCGUGUUCAGUCGAAGGCACUAUGGAUCCGUGGAAUUGUUACCUCAAAUCGAAACAAAUGGCGCUGAAUCUGGUGGACGAAGGUUUCGAAUUGAAAACGGUGAUUCGCUGGGUGAAAAGGAAGAGAUAUUCGGCUCACCCAGCACUCCAGUACUUGAAAAUCCAGAAUAUCAAACGAGAUGGUACUUCAAAUAUUUUUUAGGAAAAGUGCAUCAGAAUUAUGUAGGCGCUGAUAGUGAAAAAAUACCAUUUUUCUUAUCCGUUGUCGUCACAGACGCUAAUAAUCAAUGCGUUCCUCAAUACAGAGUGAUACUAUGGAAGAAGACUGGAACUCAAAAAAUUUUGUUACCAUACGGAUCGAAUAAACCAUUGACUGUUAAACAAAUAUUGAGCAACUUUCCCAACAUGGAUAAAUUGGAAAAGGGACCAAAAGAAAUAUUUACGCCGGAAAUUCAAAAGGAUUUACUUUUACUGGAAGAACAAGAAGGUUCGGUGAAUUUUAAAUUUGGUGUUUUGUAUAUGAAACCAAAUCAGCUGACAGAUGACGAAAUGCUUAGUAAUGAGAAUGGUAGCGAAGAAUUCAACGAGUUUAUAUCGCUCUUAGGAGAUAAAGUUCGUUUAAAAGGAUGGGACAAGUAUAGAGGAGGAUUGGAUACUAAAGGCGAUAUGACGGGAAAGUAUUCUGUGUAUACCAUUUAUGAAGGUCAUGAAAUCAUGUUCCAUGUUUCAACGCAUCUCCCAUAUUCCAAAGAAAAUCGCCAACAGGUGGAAAGAAAACGCCAUAUUGGUAACGAUAUCGUCAACAUAGUGUUUAUAGAUGGUGGACCAACAUUCAUGAGCCAAUUCAAUCCAACGUUUAUAAAAUCUCAAUUUACUCAUAUAUUCGCGUUAAUUAGUUACCACAUUGAAGAUAACAGUUAUAGACUGACAAUAUUUUCUGAAGAAUCGGUACCUUUAUUUGGACCAUCCCUACCAUGCCCACCAAUUUUCAAAGAUCCUCAAGCAUUUCGAGAAUUUCUACUUGUAAAAUUGAUAAACGGUGAAAAAGCAGCUUUCAAUACUCCAACAUUUGCUAAAAAACGAGAACGAACUUUAGACAUGUUGAUUAAAGAUUUGUAUUCCGAGCACAUGAACGAUACUAAUCGAGUGACAAUGCUGAAUAGAAGAGCGUUCAGCGACGUCCUACCAGACCCACCUCGCGGAUCACGUCGAAAAGAAGAAGCUCGACAGGUGGAAUUUGUUAGAAUAGGUCAAGCUUUAAAAUUGGAUACCAUUGUUAAGGGCGAUGCUCCCACAAGUUUAGCAACUACAGGUUUAUUCAAACGAGCCCCAUGGGAACCACAAUGCUUCUAUCCGGAUUUCAAUUACGAAAUAAUUUGUGGAGAUUCAUGGGGUGAAUCCAAGCUUAUCGUCAGCACCGAAUCGGGCGUAUUCGUUGUCGAGGACGGUAUUUCUCAUAGGCAAAUAAUCGACAAAUCCGUCAGUAUUCGUCAACUGAAUGUAGUCGAAGCUCAUGGAAUUUUAUUGUUGAGAGCUGAUAAAGGACGUGAUAGCAAAAUUCACGUGUUCCGUUUGUCGGAUUUUGAGAGCGAUGUUAUUUCCAGCAGUGAUUUUGUUUUAAAAGGAAGGCAAGAUUUAAAGGAACAUAAAAUUGAAAGGACCAGAGGUUGCAUUAUGUACGCAACGAGCAAACCUGGAGGGUCACAUUUGAGAAUGGUCGUGUGCAUGGGUCGCCGACUAAUUUUAAUGCAAUGGAGACAUUCGGCGGCCUGGACCGCUUGGUGUCCUGCUAGCGAUACAGAUACCGUGGAAGGUUUCCAAUACAUUAGGGAAAUACAAGUUACCGAACAACCUUCGUUAAUCACGUUGGUAGAUUCUUCGAUGUCGGGUUCAGGUGGAGGUUUUCCAGAUAAUUCGAUUUGCGUGGGAUAUAGACACCAAUUUGAUCUCAUUAAUGAAAGAAACGGCGAAACGCAUAAACUUUAUUCGGUUCCCGAUGGUUGUAAAGCUCAUUUAAUUGCAGCGAUGGAUUUAUACGAAGAUGAAGAACCCGAAUUAUUACUUUGUUAUAAUAAUGUAUGCCAUUUUCAAAAAAUAUCUCUGGAUGGGAAAUCAACGACCGAAUUUGAUUUCUUUUGGAAUUCUAUUCCAGCAGCUAUUGUAUGUACGUUCCCUUACAUAAUUGCAUUUACCACUGAUUCGAUGGAAAUACGUUUGAUCAUAAAUGGUAAUUUAGUGCAGACCAUGUCUAUGCCUAAGCUUACCCUAAUUUCUAGCAAAAACGACAUUUUUUUCGCGACCACUGCACCUGAAUUCUUUCAAAGUAAAACUGAACGUUUGCAAUUGGAUCAAAAGCUUGAAAAAGAUCAAAGUGUUUCGCCUCCGUUAUCUCCUCAUCUGUCACCGGAAACUCGGCCGUUUAGACUAUACAGAAUACCUCUAAAUAGUUUAACAGGUUUUGUACCUACUUGUGAAAGGCGUUGUCCUACACCUUCUCCUGAAAAAGAUGGAAAUAUGCCAAAAUCCGCUGAUUCUUCAUCAAAAUCCUCGUUACAGCUUGAUCCGUGUAAAACAUUGAGUCGCAGUUGCUCAGCAUCUCCAACACCAAUAAAUAAGCCCUAAUGUAAAUUAUUUUAUGUAUCGGUAUUUUACUGGAAAUCACCAAGUACCCUGAGGGUACUUUGAAAUUAUAAAAAAAAAAAUAAACUGGUAUAUUUUAGUUGCUUUCAAUGCGUUUUGUUUUUAUAACAUGUCGGUGUUGCUUUUUAGAAUGUAAGUUAUUGAAAGAAAAAAAGUUGUGUAAAAUACUCGAAGUAGAUAUACUUACUUUUUAUCAUUUUUCGUCUUUUCAUUUAUUGUUGAUGUUACUUUACGCAGCAAUGAUUCCUUUAUAUUACCUACCAAUAAGAUCUUAUGUGAAUAAUUUUUAAGAUUAUUUCACUCAACUCUGCCGAUGUCUCGUAUAGUCUCUCUGUCAACCCCUAAAAUAAGUGAAUAUUGUAUUCGAUAAUUCGUUGCUUUUAUGAACGUGUAUCUAUUCAAUACUGUCUCAUUAUAACCACCUACAUACCUAUCUAUCUUCCUAGUACUAACCUAUACCUACCUACCAUUAAUGUAAUAAUGGACGGGCACAAUUGAUUAUCUUAAUCAAGCUUAUCAAGGAUAUUGCUAUAGACCUGCUUCAUUGAGGAGUAGCAAAUAAUUUCAGUCAUCAAUGAAAAUAAGAGUAAGCUCUUGAGAGUACCCGCAACGUCCAUCGUAAUUGAUUGUAUCUACCUAAUUUAAAUGUACUUUGAAGAGAUUUGUUAAUCUUCGUCUUUAUUUCUAUGUUACCCACGUACCUACUGUUAGCUAUUUAUGUACCUAUUUACUUGUUUCUUAUUUUUUUUCUUUUCAAACUCGUGAUUGUUUCUCUAAAUAGUACCAACCUACCUAACUAUAUGUUUAUGCCAAAGUUGUGGUAAAAACUCAUUUUAAAGUUACCUAAUGAUGUUAUAGUGAUUUCUAAAAUACAAAAAUUGCCUAAUUUUUUAUUAAAAUAAAAUUUUGUUUGCGUUAAA